AUGUCUUUCCAGCCUAGCGUGAUCAGCUCCCAGCCUCAAGUGACCAUCCACCAGUACGCAGUGUCCCACUGGAGCGCCAACACGCUCGCCCGCUGCGACGACUGCGGCAUCUGUCUGUGCGGGACCUUCGUGCCGUGAAUACUGGAGUGCAAGGUGGCCCAGGACAAUGGGGAGAACUGCUGUCUGGCCUUCCUCCCUGACCUGGCUUUGAGGACCAGCAUGCGCCACAAGUACCGCAUUGAACUAAGUUUGGUGGGUAUAACAGUACAACACAAUGAACACGCCCCUCCUGGCCCCGCCUCUUGA